UUAGGUAGGUGACUUGAGUCAGUUGAAUUUUGAUGGAUUGGGCCAUUGAGAAUUCUCCCGGCAAUUACGUCUACAAUUCUCUAGUCUCAAGAAAAAAAAAGUUAUAAAAAAAUUAGAGAGCCAAAUUCAUCCCAACUACACCGAUCAACAAGAGGAUCCAUCAAUCUUCUGAAAUCUCUCCUUGUCUAAUCCUCCAACAAAGUUAUGGCCUUUCAUCGUUUCUCUUACUCAAUCCUCUUCUCUCUAACCCUCCUUUCUACGACGACCCUCUCACUCUUCGAACCCGACCCGGAUUCGAUUUCCACCGUUUACGAAAUCCUCCCCAAGUACGGCCUCCCAAGCGGCCUCUUGCCGGACUCCGUCACCAAUUUCACCCUCUCCGACGAUGGCCGAUUCGUGGUCUACUUGGCCAAGUCCUGCGACAUUGAAUUUGACUACCUCGUUCACUACGACGAAACCAUAUCCGGUCGCAUCGGUUACGGCUCGAUCACCGAUCUCAAGGGUAUUCAGGUGAAGCGACUCUUCAUUUGGUUCGAUGUCGAUGAGAUCAAGGUCGAUCUCCCUCCUACCGAUUCCAUCUACUUCAAGGUUGGGUUUAUCAACAAGAAGCUCGAUAUUGACCAGUUCAAGACUGUACAUUCAUGCGGCGACAAUGGUGUCUCUGGCUCUUGUGGAGAUUCCUGGAAGAGUUUGCUCCAGCUUCGUGGAAUGAUGGAUGAAGCGGAGAUGCUAAUCACCGAGUAAGUACUCUCAAUAGUCACGUCUGCGACAACGCAACGAUGGAGUUGAGUUUCAGUCAAAAUUGUACAAAUACGCACAAUCCUUAGACAAGUCUUUAUAAGUCUUGGUAAUGAAAUGUCAGAAUAUUUCCACUCUGUAAGUCUUGUUAAAACUGGCUUCCACGAAAAUGUUUUAUAUAUAUGAUUAAGUGACUGUCACCGAGUUCGUUCCUUACCACCACGGUAGACUGUGGCCGUUAAAGUUCCACAGUAGUAGUACUUGUAUCAUGUAUGGCAUAACGAGUUGAAGAUCCGUUCAUGAGCCGAUAAUUUAUUCAGUAGAGACAGUGAUCUGAUUGAGAAAUCGAUCUGUUUGACUUUUCACAGACCAUGUACUAAGAACAUGUUCGGGUCACAGACUUUUCACAGAGCCAAGAAGCGUUUUUUUUUUUGGAUCUCUUCGUUUAAGAUGACCAUGUGAUAAGCGAGUUGUCCAUUACUUUAGUUUUGUUCCUCAUUCAUUUUCUGGAAUUUUAAGUUACAAGACGACAAUAAAUACAACCUUGUUUGCGGAGUGUCCACGUAAACCCGAAAGCCCACCCGGUUGCUUUUCUUGUUUGUCUUUGCCUUUGCUUGCCUUUUAGGAAAAUAAAAUAAAAUAUCAGACUUGCUCUGAUUUUGACUGGCUAGUAUUCAACGGCCAUUUUCCAUCUUACAGACCCAAUUCGUGUUUUCUGUUUUGUAUUACAAAACCGGUUUUGUUUUUUAUUUAUCUUUCAUUCUUUUCUGCUCUGAUUCUUACCAUCGAUCCCCCAACUGUUUGUUGAUUUUCUGGAAUUGCUCUCCCCAAUCAUCGGGGUAAAAAAAAGUCUUGAUCUUUUUUUGUUUGGAGUAAUGGUGGGUGCUUUGUUUGUUGUUGGCUCAUCGGUGAUGGAUUCGCCGAGCGGUCCAUGUUUGUGUCUGGAUGCUCACACGAGGAGAUCUCCGAGCAAGAAGAAGAUCCUUGGCAGUCCAAGAAAGCUGCAACUAGGAAGCUCCUUUAUUGAUUCAGGCAUUGUUUUUAGGCUUUCUUCGAAGCCGCGUCCCACGGAUUGCGAUCGAAGAGCAAAAAAAAGCUCUUGAUUGUGAACGAGGACGUUGCUGGGAAUUAUGACGAUACCUUUCGGAGAUGUCCAAAAGCAAAUUGUUAAUUAUUUCACAUACAAAGCUGUGAGGACGGUUCUUCAUCAGCUCUACGAAAUGAAUCCUCCCCAAUACACUUGGUUCUAUAAUCACAUCGUGUCCAACAGACCAACCGAUGGCAAACGUUUCCUUCGCUCCCUCGGCAAGGAGAGUCAGGAGCUUGCAGAAAGAGUGAUGAUCACGCGUCUCCACUUGUAUGGCAAGUGGAUCAAGAAAUGCGACCAUGGGAAGAUAUACCAAGACAUAUCGGAUGAGAACUUGGCAUUGAUGCGUGAACGCCUGAUGGAGACCGUGAUAUGGCCUUCCGAUGACUCAAACUCAGAGAUAAUUGGCUGAAGAAGGCUGUCACACCACAGCAUUUCCGUUGUCAAUUCGCAUCUCAGUUUUAGGACCUUAAUUUUUUUUUUGUAGUUUGAUUUCAUAUAAUAUAGUCAUUGAGCAGUGUGUAUAUGUGUCUAUUCUUGGCAUGUACUGUUUAUGAUGAUGAUAUAUAGGGGCAAAAACUAUACCCUUCUUGUGCUCA